ACUCGCUGAAAGGGGUUAAAUAAUGCGUUCAAGGAGUUUAGGAGAUUUUUGAUUAUGUUUUAAACAUGCGAAAUGUCUGUGUUGCGCAGAGCUAAAACAUGGGAAGUAUCUGACUCCGAGGACAGCGACGCUGAGAAAAAACAUGAUUUAAACCUCGAUGAGAGAAGUCAAACAAUAACAGUGAGCGAAGAAGAUGAGGCUCCAUACACCAAGUGCAACACCCUCCAAUCUUCACCCAUACAAACAGAGCCCCGUCAGACUUCAGCUUUGUCUCCUCCAAGACAACAUGCAACCCCGAGUCCUGCAAGAAAACGCCGCAACAAAGAGGAGGUGGAGGCGGACAGAGAGGCAGCCAGGGAGAGGAGGGAGGAGAGAGAGAGGGUGAGGACAGCCAGGACCCGGGAGAAGGAGGAGGGGAAGCAGGAGCAGCAGAGGAGGAGAGAGGCGGCCGAGAACCUGAAGAGUCUCCGGCCAGAAAACUGCCUCAAGAGUCUGACAGUGCGCAUAGAUCCAGCUCUUCUGCAAGACGGUGGCUCAGACAUCUUGCUGGACACCCUGGCUACCUUUGAUUGGAGGUUCAGCAUUGAGAGCCAUCAGCUCCCACACAGCAUCACCUGGACCAGAGAUUUACCUCAGCAGGGAGAAGACAGCUUACUGGAGGAGGAGCAAGUGGUUCUGGUGCUGGGUCUGACAGACUUCAUGGACACGGUGGUCUCUGUGAAGAAAAUGCUUGACAGUAACGAGGAGCAGACAGGGGCGGGGUCUUUCCUCUCUCCAAUUUUGGAGUGUCUCAACAGGGACGCCAAAAAGGUGGUCACCCUCUUAGUGACAGACCCUCAGCAGGAUUACAGGGCUGAUGCAGUCCCUUUACUGGAUGAGACUCUACAAUCCAAACUGGGGAUGGAGAACUUGGACGUGGAGGAGGUUCUCGUGUACCUGCAACUCUGCAAGAAUAUCUCUCUGGUCUUCCUUAAUGGCUGGCAGGAAGUCACCAACCAUGUGUGUGCCGUCACUAAGGCCUUAUCAAAACGCCCUUUCAAACUGCUGACGGAGCGAGCGGAGCUGCCCUUUUGUGUGGAUGGUUCCUGGGCCAGCGGGGUCCGGGUGGAGAGGGACGGCUCGGGGCUGAUCCAGGUGUGGAGCAGGCAGGUCCAGCAGCUGAACAGAGUCAGCCCCACCGUGGCCUCCACUGUGAUCGCUGCCUACCCGUCUCCUCAGCUGCUGCUGCAGGCGUACCAGAGCUUGGAUUCAGAGGAGGACAGAAAGAGUCUGCUGGCUGGUCUCUUGGUGAAGAGCGGAGGGAAAGAGAGACGUAUCGGCCCAGAGAUAUCGGCCAGAGUUUACCGCUGCCUCACAGCCCAGAAUCCCCAGCUGGUCCUGGACUGAUCUACUUGAAAACGUCAGCGAGAAUUAAAUCCGGCUCUGAUUUCACGUUGUCACCACUUGGCUGCCAAUGUGUUCAUGUUGAUGUUUACAAGCUAAAAAUAUGCCUUAGAUAUCAUGUGCACCUUAUUAUUUAUACCUCAACAGAUUUAAGCGAAAUUAUGUUUCGUAAAAUAUGGAAGAAAAUCAUGUGUAAACAUUAUUCUGUUUACAUGCAAGAUGUAAUGUCAAAAGGGACAUUAUACUACAUGGUAUGUUUUGUUUGUGUGAAAUGGCUUAUAAAAAAUUGUAGCAACCAAACUUCAUUUGUUAUAAUUUAAAAUAAUUUCUUGAGUAAGAAAGUUAAUAAACAAACUGUAAAUAGUAAAAAAGGAGAU